ACAACAAUAGAGGAGGAGGUCCCGUCUUAGCUACUAUGGUGCGAAUCUCGCGAAGGAGCACAAUACACACCAGAAUGUCUGUGCGUGCGUGCGCACUCAGGCCACGAUUGCUGUGCAGACUAAGAUCAGAUUGACUUGUACUGGUGCGGCACAAUCCAGCCAUUACCAUAUUUUGACAUGGUAGGAGAACGAGGAACAGAGAUUAAUAAUUCGAAGCGUUCUCUUCACGCGACUUCUAGUACACAACUCCAUAUCAUACUGGACUCAGACUUCUCAAAGUCUGAAUACUCCAAUUGUGAGUGGCUGAAAGAUGUGUAUGAAGCUGACAGCUCCAAAAAGUCCACAUUGGCCCUCACUCGAAGCAUGGAUAGCAUUGACACCUGUGGAUGCAAUACUGAGUGGAAGGUGAAAUAUCUCGUGAGAUUCAAAUUCACAAGUUCCAUCCAUGAUACCAGUUGGAUAAACUGUACUGUAAUUUUCCCAUAUGAAAAGUUGGUUCGUAAAUCUACUUAACCUCUCAAAGUGUCUCAAAUUCACAGUUCCCAAAACUUAUCUAAUCCGUUCAUUGUGUGCGUCGUAGCUUAAAUGUUCUUUGGUUUACUCUACAUCGACGGAGUGAGUUGUUCGUUUACAGGGACCUUAGCCACGAUCAAUUCACUGGCUCCAUGCAUGUUGAAUUAGGGGAGUUGAUAAAUUUGCAAGGUUUGGAUCUGUCUUAUUUAUCAGUUGUCGGGGAAACUGGCGGUUGAGCCGGUCAACCUCCAAUUUGUCAAGACUUUGUGAGUACAUCUUAGUGUUUCUCUGUCAUUCAAAAACUUCAUAUAUAUUCAUGCCUG